AUGGGCAAAAGACAUAGUGGUCUUAAACGUAAGGCCGGUCAUCUGGGCUUCCAAGCAGGCGAAAUUGCAUUCAUUGAAGAUGAAAUGGCAGCAUUAGCGGCCGAGUAUGGGCUAGAGGUUGACCGAGACAUUGCUAGCCACGUGCAGCAACGCAAGGAGAGAAAAAAGACGCGACGACGGCGGCAUCAUGACGAAACGAAUAAUAUUCGAGGUAUUGACGAGCUACAAGUAAGAGAACAAAGUAAAGAGACUAUCAAACUGUUAGAUUUGGAUUUCAAUAAUAGCGAAUCGGUUGAUAUUAAAGACGCGCACAAGCUCGUAUUGACAAGUUUGACCGUCGUGCUACCAGACACUUGUGCGUUGAGAGCAUGUGGAGUGCCUGGUUGCGCGUGUUCGAAUGGAUCAAGAUCAUUGGGAUUUCCAGAAGAAGACUCGAGCGACAAGAAUCAAAGAAAAUUGAUCGAAAAGGCACAGUGUCUGAGUUGCCAACAUGGAGUGCUGCAGCACGUAGUAGAGGUGAGAGAAGAUGCGGAUCUUGCUGCUACGUUACCCAGUGGUGGUCAACGAUUGCUUCAGACAUUAUAUCAAAUCAUUCGACUCGGGAGAAUUGGUGCGAGUAUAUUGAAAAGUCGCAUAUGGACCAAGUCUGCAUUAGAGCGACUCGAAGCUGUGCUUACGCAUCUUAAAAAGCAAUUUGCUGAUGGAGGCACGCGGAAUGGUCAAAAGUCAGCAGGUGAAGUGCAUCGGGGGAAGCAAUUGCUCACAAACUUGCAAGCACAGCUCCGUCAGGCGCAUCAAAGUGUUGGAUUAGCAUCGCGCGACGAAUUGCCAAUUGCGUUAGCUUGUAUAUGCGAUCAAAUGUACUUCCAAACGUAUUAUAGUGCGCUAGUACUCUAUGGUCGUGCGUGUGGCGCUGUGCCGUCACCAGAUAAGUAUUUUAAAGAGCUUGAGCAGUUUACUCAAGCAGGUACGUCCCAGUUUGAAGCGUUUUUGAAUCACGAAUUUAGUGGUCCAGACCAACUCUCUCGGGUGCUCAAGACUCUAGAAAUUCCUAUUGUUGGGUCGACUUCGCAUGAUGAAAUGACGCGGGAACGACUUCGUUUACAACAACAACACAGAAAACAGAAUCCACUUCUAAGUAUAUUUCACGCCCGAUUGCGUGAAGGAGUGCGUUUGUUUUACGAAGAAGGUGUUGGAAUGAAUGGCGAAAUGGAUGCUAUUCUCAAGGCAUCACAGGGCGGUGACUUGGGCAGCAAGAAGCAUAGUAACACUAAGAAACAUCCACAAAAGAAGCACUAUCGCCGUGAGAGAAAAGCUGUUGCUCAAAGUGACGUAAAUGUGACAGCAUUGAAGGAGAUGCCAUGCUAUCCGCUUUUGGCACAAUGGCGCGAUAAUUGCCGUGACUGGUGCUGUCACUUGUAUUCGUAUGCCACACCAAACCAAGAAGCGUUGGAAGUGAUGGCAAAAUAUGCACCCAUUGUUGAAAUUGGAGCUGGAACAGGUUACUGGUGCUCACUACUUCAGCGGGCUGGCGUGGAUGUCGUUGCUUUUGACAACAUUCCACCAAGUGGAGAGAGUACACAAGAAAAUGCAUAUCAUGGUCAUGUACCGCCCUUCUGCUCCGUUCAAUGUGGUGGACCUGAAAUUCUAAGCCAGCAAGACAUCAGAAAUCGUAGCUUAUUUUUGUGCUACCCUCCACCGGGAGAUACAAUGGCUGUUCGCAGUAUUCAAUUGUUUCAAGGUGACGUAGUCUUGCAUGUUGGUGAGUGGCAGGGAGAUACAGGUGACAGUCGCUUUGAAAAUGAACUUCAACGUCGAUUCGUACUCGAACAAGAAAUUCUGUUGCCUAAUUGGGGCAAUUCGGCUUACGGACUUACAGUAUGGCGUCGUAAAGCGAAGAACCUUAAUUCUGUGGCUUGGCGUGCGAUGAGUUGUUUUAACUGCGACAAAACACUUCAAGAAGCUGUCGAGAAAAGUGUGCCGUUGCGACGAUGCGUCAUUUGUAAGACAAAUGUGUAUUGCUCAUCAAUUUGUGCUCGACAAGAUGCUAUGGGACACACAGCAGAACACGCAAUGCGUCUGGUGUUUUUAAAAGAACCAAUAUCGAGCGAAAAUUACGACCGCAAUUUUGACAAUGAAGCUUAUUACACCGUAGUUAAGGAGCCUGAUCUGGACGACACAAUCGUAGCUUUUAAGAACAAUUGGAGAGAGAUGACGAAGAUUCCUUUGAAGGCGAAAGGUAGCGACGACGAAGAAAAUUUGAACAGAGAGUCGAUCAUUGCUAAGACUCCAUUUGCCUUUAAUUUUAGCUCAUAG